AUGUCGGCGACGUCUUCGGUUUUCAACUUUCGCUACGAGAACGGCAGACGGUAUCACGCGUAUGCCGAGGGACAGUACCCUGUACCCAAUGAUGAGGUGGAAGCGGACCGAUUGGAUCUACAGCACCACGCCUUCAGACUCACACUCGACGGCAAACUUUAUCGAGCGCCUAUCCCCAAAGAUGUGCAAAAUGUGCUCGACGUGGGAUGUGGAACUGGCAUCUGGUCCAUUGAGUUCGCUGAUGAGCAUCCGUCCGCUCGCGUCCUUGGCACGGAUCUGAGCCCUAUACAACCCGCUCAAGUGCCUCCAAACUGUGAAUUCCUAAUCGAUGACUGCGAGCAAGACUGGAUCUUUCACGAUCAGUUCGAUUAUAUCCAUACGCGGGCCAUGGUCGCAGCCAUCAAGGACUGGGACCGUUUCUUCGCGCAGGCGUACGCCAACCUCAAGCCAGGAGGCUAUCUCGAAUGCCAAGACCUUGCCUUUCCCAUUAGAUGCAUGGACCCUGACGUAACUGCUGAGAACUCGCCGCUCAUCCGCUGGUCAGAGUACUUCCUCGAUGCCGCUAAGAAGAUUGGUCUCGAUGGCACCAGUCCAAGACACUUCACGCCGCAGAUUCGUAAUGCCGGCUUCAAAAGUAUUAACUACAAGAACUACAAGUGGCCUGUAGGGAAGUGGGCAAAAGGCGCGAGGUUCAAGCUGCUGGGUCGCUUUGUAUAUGAAGAUCUAAUGGACUGGCUACCGAGUAGUUCACUAGGGCUCUUCACCCGCGUGCUAAAGUGGUCGAGAGAGGAAGUGGAAGUCUUCCUAUCGGAGUGCAGAGCGGAGGCCAAGAGGAAAGACCGGCAUUUUUAUGCUGAUGUGUAA